CAACAAGAACAGGACCCCACCAAUCUGUACAUCUCUAAUCUGCCUCUGUCUAUGGAUGAGCAGGAGCUAGAGAGCAUGCUCAAGCCCUUCAGCCAGGUCAUCUCCACACGCAUCUUACGCGACGCAAACGGCACCAGCCGCGGAGUUGGUUUCGCCAGGAUGGAAUCGACUGAAAAAUGUGAGGCCAUCAUUCAACAUUUUAACGGCAAAUACAUCAAGACUCCUCCUGGAGUUGCAGUGCCUACAGAACCCUUGCUGUGUAAAUUUGCGGAUGGGGGACAGAAAAAACGUCAGAAUCAGGGGAAAUAUCACCAGAAUGGGCGGCAGUGGCCGAGAGAGGGCGAGACUGUGAGAGAGCUGCUUUUUUUCUACUUUUUCAUGUUGAUUUCAACCACAACAAUGUUCGGAAUUACAAGAAUUAUACAUAACCAUAUGCGCAAGAAGUUCAUCCACCUAAAAUAUUCCUGUAAUGUGUACUAUCUGUGGAUAUCACACAUUUGUCAACGUGUGUCCAUCUGUCCUCAGUAUAUGCCUGCAAACACAGCUAUGCAAGGGACCUACAUACCACAAUACGCCCAAGUGCCUCCUUCAAGCAUUACAGCCGAGGAAAAUAGCGUCCAACAGCAGCAGGUUGCCAUAGAGACACCCACAGACCACACAACAUACUCCUACCAGCAUGGCAAGUGAAGAGGAGUGCAUUCAUAGAAGUGAUGGAGGACUUUGGAUACUGAACCACCUCUCUUGACAUAAAAACAAAUGGACAUUGUGAAAAGGAACAGAGAAGUGUGUCUCUUUCCAAUGAAAGAAAGCAGACAGUUUUGCAACUUUUUUUUCUUGGAGAAGACCAACCGAUAAUGAAAGUAAGUGAAAGAUUUGGAUGGAGAAAGCUUUGACUGCAAGAUGUCAUAAAAGUUCAGAGAAAGCGAAGUAAGCUUUUUUAACACAAAGACUCACAUACAUGCACACACACUCCAACACACUUUGAGAAAUAUUUUUCUGCAACUUUAUUUUCUAAAAUGUUCUGCAAAGCCAGAAUGAAACAACUACGAUGUUAAGGCACCAUAAUUUGAUUUCAUGUUUUUGUAAAAUUCUUCAAAGAUUUUGUUGACUGCUUUUGAACCGUCUGCUGCAAAAGGAGGAAUUUUGUACAUAAAAACUGUUUUUGCAAAGUUCUUGCAGCAUUUUUCUUGAAUAUCGAUUUAAGGAAAUCCUGAGGAACCUGCUGAAACCAGCAGCUAAGUCGUUUUGAUAGAACUACAGAAAAAUGUGCUGUAUCGAAGAGCAUUGUAAAUGCACUCAUUGUUUCAAGCAAGAUUGUGUCCAGCAAGACGAGACUGAAUUCUGAAACCAGGACCUCAUAUUCCCUCAAAAUGUCCUUUUUCCCUUCCAAAAUGCUGCUUUAUCUUGUAAGUUAGGUUAUGCUCUGUUUAAAUGUUGAGAUUUAUUUUUGUAUUUGAAGAUCUUUUUUUUUAAAGGAAAAUUUCAAAGAGAAGCUAUUUGAAUUAUAAACUUUUUUUAUGGCUUUGUUUUCAUGUCAAUAGUUCUGU